AUGCUCGAUCAGUGGGUCAAAGAAGGGAGAGAAUUGAAGCAAUCAGAGAUCAAAGAUUUCAUCAAGCAGCUCCGUAAUUCCCGUCGCCACAGCCAAGCACUCGAGGUUUCAGAAUGGAUGAGUGAUGUGAUGAAGCACGAUCUGUCUCCCGGAGAUAUUACUGUUCGGCUAGAUUUGAUCUCCCAAGUCCGUGGUCUGCAACAAGCUGAGAGGUAUUUCGAUAGCAUCCCAUACCCAUUUAGAGUAGUGUAUGGUUCUCUCUUAUACUGCUAUACACGUCGUAAAUCUGUGGAGCAGGCUGACAUUACUUUCGGAAAGAUUUAA